AUGUCGUCUUCAGUCGCCAGACUGCGAGCCCUGCUUGCCAACGAAACCAAGAUCGUGGUUUGUCCCGGGGUCUAUGAUGGUCUCACAGCGCGGAUUGCCCUCAAGGCAGGGUUCGAUGCCCUGUACAUGACAGGAGCAGGAACAACGGCAAGUCGUCUGGGCCAGCCAGACCUCGGAGUCAUCACUCUGACCGAAAUGCGGCAAAACGCAGAGAUGAUCGCCAGUCUGGACCGCUCGGUGUCUUUGAUCGCUGAUGCAGACACAGGCUUUGGAGGUAGCACACCAGAUAUCCCCCACCUCAAUGGCUCCUUGAUGGUUCACCGCACCGUCACGGAGUAUAUCCGCGCAGGAGUCGCCGCGUUGCACCUGGAAGACCAGCCUACAAGCAAGCGCUGUGGUCAUCUGCGCAACAAGCAGGUCGUCUCCGAGGGUGAGUAUCUCAGCCGCAUCCGAGCGGCCGUAAAUGCGCGCCAGCGAUCGGAUGGCGACAUUGUCCUGAUUGCGCGGACGGACGCGCUCCAGUCCUUGGGCUACCAAGCUGCAGUCUCUAGGCUGAAAGGCGCCAUUAAGCUGGGUGCGGAUGUGGCGUUCCUGGAGGGAAUUACGUCCAAAGAGCAGGCUCGUCUAGUCUGUGAGGAGCUCAAACCGACACCGGUGCUUUUCAAUGCGGUGUCUGGUGGGGUGUCACCGGAUUUGAGCGUUCAGGAAGCACAAGAGCUGGGGUUUCGUCUCAUUAUCUUCCCUGGAUUGGCGUUGGGAGCUGUUUAUGAGGCAGUUGAGAAGGCGGCGCAAGGGUUGAAACUGCAUGGAACCCACAUGGGGGAUGCCCGUGUUAGCCCGAGGGAUCUGUUCAAUGUGUUGGGAUUGCAGGACGCAGUGGCUCUCGAUAUGGCGGCAGGAGGGGGGCUCUACGAGGGAGUGUAG